AUGAAUGAAAAUUUAAAAGAUAACAUCGAAUUACUAUCUUAUGCGAAAUUAGCCGAGUAUGAUCAGACACGUAUUGAUUUAUCCAUACGCAAAUAUGUCUUGAUUACCAAUUUACUACGAGGACCUAAAGAAGAUCUGUUAGAACAACAUUGGUUUGACACUUGUCUAAAUGAAUUGACAAGAGAAGAAGAACAACAACAGCAACAGCAACAGCAACAACAAAAUGAUAAAAUGCAAGAUAAACCUAAUGUUCAACUUUAUUACAAUUUCAAUCAUCGAAAUGGAUUCCUAGUUUACACUUCCAAUCUAUAA